AUGCCGUCCGCCGUGAUGGCGACGUCCAUCGCCACGCGCGGUGCGGUACCCGGCCCUUCCCGCGGUCUCGGUGCCGCGACGCGUCGCAUCGCGUACCGCAGAAGUCGAAGUCGCUUCGGCACCCUUCGUCUUCGUGCGGAAAAAGAUGAUGACGACGCGGCGCCCUCGCAGGGACCCGAGGACGACCCGCGCUCCCCCGCCAACCUCAUGCGACGCGCCAUGUCCAUGCGCGCCAAAAUUAUCAAGGUCAAGCUCGCGUCUCUGGGCGUGAGCUCAAAGGAUCUGUUCGAAAAGGAGGAGCUCGCGAGGGCUCUGGCGAACGCUUGGGGCGAGAAACUCAAGGGAACCGUGACGUUGCCCCUGCGACAGCUCGUCGGGAUGCCGGGAAACCCCCGAGCCGGGUACGUCGUCGUCACCCUGGACGUCGGCGAGGCCGGGUUCGUCGAUUUCCUCAUCGACAGCGGCGCCACCACCGCGCUCAUCUCGCCGCAGCUGAGGGAGAUGCUCGGCGCGUCGGCAAUCGACGGCGCGCCCAUCCGAGGGUUGGGCGCCGGGGGAGAGACGGUGCGGCAGAAGGUGACGAUCGCCGGCGCGAGCGUGGGCGCGUUGGAGCUCGGCGCGCUCGACGCCGUCGUCACCGACCUCGCCGCGUCGGGCCUGCCCUCCGUCGUCGGCGGGAUGCUCGGGCUGGAUUUCCUAUCGCGGUUCGAGCUGGAACUCGACUUUGCGGACAAGGCGAUGCGUUUUCACCCGAUCGGGUCGGUCGCGACGGGCGCGCUCGACGUGGACUCCCUCGUGCAUAUUCCCCUGGCGCGGCAUCCCACCGGACUCAGGACGGUGUCGUGCAGGCUGAACGGCUGCGAGCGUUUUCCGGGGAUCUUGGACAUGGGUUCGUUCUUCUCGGUGUGCAACUGGAUGGCCGCCGCGCGCGCCGGCGUAGGGCCGGAUAACCCCGUCGUCAAGAACGCCGCCAUGACGGCCGUGGGCGUGGACGGCCGCCCGAUGGCCAUGUCCACGGCGCCCUUCGACCUGGAGGUGUGCGGGGACGGAACUGAUGAGGGGGGACAAGGAUUGCGGAGCGAGUACAAGGGCGAGUGCUGCGUUGGGGACCUGCCCGCGUUUGCGUCCCUCGGCGCCACGGCGAGUCCGUUCAUGACGGUGGGUCUGGACGUGCUGGGACGGGGCCGGAGCGUGCUGAGCGUGGGCGCGGACGCGGUGUACCUGACGCCCGGUGACGCUCCGGGUGGGAUGUGGGAUUCGGAGGGACCGAUCAUCCAGUGA